UUUCGUAGUUUUGCCCAUCGACAUGACUAGUAAAGACAGCUUGGUUUACAUGGCCAAGUUGGCCGAGCAGGCGGAGCGUUAUGAUGAGAUGAAAAACCACAUGAAGGAAAUAGCACAGGAGGGCGGAGAACUUUCAAUAGAAGAACGUAACUUACUCUCGGUUGCCUACAAGAAUGUCAUUGGUGCGAGGAGAGCUUCUUGGCGCGUUCUCUCAAGCCUGGAGAAAACCCAAAACGACGACCCCAAGAAAAGCGUGAUACAAAAAUACAAAGAGAACGUGGAAACGGAAUUAAAAGAGAUCUGCAAUGAAAUUCUAGGAUUGUUGGAUAAUAACCUGAUAGAGAACGCAAAAGAUCCGGAAUCGAAAGUGUUCUAUCACAAAAUGAAGGGAGACUACUGGCGCUAUCAGGCUGAGUUUCUUCCUGACAAAAAAGCUGAUGAUUCAGUUCCUGAUGAAAUUAUGAAGUCUCUUAAGGCGUAUGAAGAGGCUCAUGAUUAUGCCAAGGAUCUGCCAUGUACACAUCCAAUAAGACUUGGACUGGCCCUCAACUUUUCCGUUUUCUAUUAUGAGAUAAAGAAUGAACCAGAUGAAGCUUGUAAAUUGGCAAAGAAAGCCUUUGACGACGCUAUUGCUGCACUUGAAGAGCUGUCAGAAGACAAGUAUAAGGAUAGCACUUUAAUUAUGCAGCUCCUUAGGGACAACUUGACUUUGUGGACAUCAGAGACCCAAGGAGAUGACAUUGAAGUGCAAGAUGUAGAAGACAAGGACUCUUGAAGAAUUUCAAGGAAAAAUGGAAACUUAUUAGUUUAUAGGACAUGCAUAUCCACUGGCAUUUUUUUUUUUGUAUAGUGUGCAUGGAAUGUGAAUGAUUCCUGCAUGGGUAUAAUGGUUAGGUUUUAGUAAGCGCAUGCUUGGCUUUGCCUCUUAACAGCCAUUUCUUAACAACAUCCAUGUUUUAUAUCCGGUUGAAGUACAAUUAGUGUAACAUGACAGUGUAGAAAUGGCCUAGGCCACUCUCAGGUCAACUCAACUCCAAAAGAAAGUCCCAAAGGAAGCCUUCUAAAUUGUAAAUUAUCUGCACUUCCUCUUUUCCAUUUUUUCUUAAUUUGUCCAGAUAUAGUGAUGAUUAUUUUAAGUCUUACAUGUAAUUUUCAUCCAUAUUUCCCCUUGUACAUAGGGAAUUGUAUGAUUUACUUUGUUUGAGAUAUUAAAGUGAAGUAUAGAUAUUGCUGCAUGAAUGCAUUUUUCUAGCAAUAAAGCAUAAGAUGGACCUGAAAGUGGGCCAGUUACUUUUGGUAUUUCCAACAAGCUGAUAAGCUUCAGAAGAAGAGAUGAUCUAUUGUCACAAAGUACACUGAAAAAAGUUAUUGUAGAAAUAAACAUGUUCAGUCCUAGCAUGCAACAUUUAGUGUCAAUUAUUCAGCAGUCUGGACCAAGUCAUUCCGAUGAUAAAUUUCUGGCCAAUAGACUAUAGUAUAGCUCUACAGGAAAUCCUAGUGAGAGUGACCUCUGUAAUUCAAAACAGGUCUUUGUUAUGCACACAAUUCUCUCUUAAGCCUAUUGAACCCAGAGGGUGACUGUCAUCUAAUUUCUCCUUACAAUAUCAUUGAAUCACACAUGAAGGUUGCCAGAGUAAAGGAAAUUAUCACGGAGUAAAGGAUUUCCUGAGUGUUAAAAAAUUUAAGGAAAUGUAUGAAGAGUUGGUGGACUGAUACUAAGGUGUAGAGGAGGCAGGAUUCACUUCAUGAAUCAGAGUUGAACCUCCUUGCAAUGCUUUCUUCCUCCCAGUUAAGUAAUCAAUAGGCCUAGUUACGAGGAGGAGUUUUGAUGUGGCAAAGGAAGUUGCUUGAUUCUUGCAUCCACCUACAUGCGGUGUCAACUUUUUUUUUUUUUGGCAGUAUGUUCAUUUACUCUAACUUUGCCUUUAGUGAUAGUGGUAUCCUUGUUGCAUUCAGAGAAAAUUGUAUAAUUUUUUUUCUUUUUAACACAACUUCAGCUGUUAAACGACUGAAAUGCAACCUAAAUAAAGAUAAUUUUCUUAG